GACCGCCCCACACCACAGCUGACCCAGUGACACGCUGACAUCACUCUGGUGAGGGCAGGGCGGGUGGGCUCAGGGGCUGGCCUUCGGGUGGGGGCCAGCAGCGGGGUGUGGGUCGGAACGAGGGGCGCUCCCGAGCGCCACGGAGCCCCCUUCCCACGCAGGAGCUGCCGCCUCCGUGGAUGUUGGAUGUCGAUUCCCAGAAGCCCCCCAAGGGGAAAUGGUCGACACCGCCCUUCGACCCGCGCUUCCCUAACCAGAACCAGACCCGAAACUGCUACCAGAACUUCCUGGACUACCACCGCUGUGUCAAGAGAAUGAGCCGCCGCGGGAAGAGCACGCAGCCCUGCGAGUAUUACUUCCGCGUGUUCCGCUCGCUGUGCCCCAUGAGCUGGGUGCGGCGCUGGACCGAGCAGAUCCAGGACGGGACCUUCGCCGGCAAAAUCUGACGGCCUGAGAGCCGCUCCUCCGAACGAUCAGCGCACUGACCCCGCGUCCUGGCGUCUCCCGGAGCCCCGGCCCCGGCUGUACACUCCCCAGUCUCUAAACCACCAAUAAAGCUCUGUUGCUGCUGA